AUGCACCAGAUGCACGUGGCUCUUGAGCUCAAAGAUCAGGAACUUCAGGGCCUCAAAACAGCACUAGAGAGUAAGAAGAAGCGUCAAAAGAAGAAGAAAGUAUUGCCACUGUCACCGCGGGACCCUAAUGUACAAGGGGGGGCCAUAUUCUGGGAUCCUUCAUCCGUUGCACGUGCCAAGACCCGUAUGAAGGAUAUAGAGAAGCAGGCAAUCGCAGAUGACGCUGCAAAGGCUGAUCGGAAGCAAGUACAGCACAACAACAAGAUCCUGAAAGAGAAGGAUAAGGUUAAGAGGCAAGAAAAGGCAGCGUUGAGGCGUGAGAAGGCAGCUCAAAAGAGGGCGGAGAAGGCUCAGGGGAUCGCCGAACGCGCAGCUGAAAGAGAGCGCGUCAAAACACUCAAGAACGCAGAAAAAGUAUCCCAAUUGCCUAAACAGACUAAUCCCAAGGCCUCAGCAAAGCCACGGUCAAAAUCAACAAAGCGUGGUGGUGGUGCAGCAAAGGGCAGUUCACAGGAGUCUCAUGAGCCCAGCUCAGCACCCCCGGGCUUUAGGACUCGUGGUGGCCGCGUCACAAAGCCCACAAAAAAACUGAAUACGCCAAAAGUCUCGCAGUAG